AUGGUUUACAUACAUUUCCCAUCGAAUUUAACCGAGGAGGAACUGAUGCUGCAAGCCAAAUAUGCCAAACUACGAAAGAAGAAAAAAGCCCUCCAAGCGCUGAAGGCACCGAAACAGGAGCCGGAAAAGAAUCUGUUGCCCAAACGGCCAGCUGAUGCACGCGAUGCACGGGAAGUCGCACGAAAGCUACUUAAAAGUGGUGCCAUACAAGCUAUACAAAAACCACAGCCGAAACAGGAGGCUUCGUUCAAGCGACCGAAAGGCCAGGAGCGGAAACGCGUACAACCGGAAAUGUCACCCGCUGGACAGUAUCAAUCGUUCGGUGCGUCUACAGAGUUUGAAAGCACCAGCUCGACGAUUGCCACGUCCAGUGCUGUGGUUCCAAGUUCGGCCACACCAGCCGAAAGUCCGAACAGUCCGGUGGAGAAGGAAACAAGCCGCGUACAGAACCUCUAUCAACAAUUUGCCAAUGAGCGUGACAAGGACGAUCAGAUGGACAAAUCGAAACCACCGAGCCUCGAUGCAUCGAAGGACAAACCACGGUCCGGUAACACGGUAUACGUUUCCGGUAACAAGGUGACGGAGAACUUUCUCAAGAAGCAUUUUAGCGAUUUUGGUGAAAUUCUCAACAUUUCGAUGGAGAUCGAGAAGGGACGUGGAUUUAUCACAUUCUCGAAGACGGAAUCGGCCGACAAAGCGAUCAGUGAGCUGCACUCUAAGACGGUCGGUGGUAUACAGCUGCAAGUGCAGCUGGCUCGCCGUCAGCCACAGAUUAAUCCGAUUAACGAUGCUGGCUCUUCUGCUGUUUGGUCUGCACUGGCUACUAACCGCUCGCAAAAAGGCAAACAUAAGGACAACCGGGAGCUGGUUUGUUACGAUCAUGAUGAUAUAUUUUGA